GUUUUCUUUCUCGGUGUGAAUUUUUACCUUCAUUCCGCUAUUGGCAUAUACGUUUCAUAUUCCCGUUGGUGGUGUGGUGAUUUGAAUUUGUUUGUCUCUUCUUCCUCUUGUUAGAAAGCGACAACACAUCUUUUUACUAAGAUCGAAUAAACAUCACAUUUGGUGUAAAAGGAUUCAUUGGUCUCCUUUUUUUAUCUUUUUUAUUUUUCCUUCUUCAUUUUGUAUAAAAGAAGGUCCAGUUUAUCCUUAUCUUCUUAUUUACUUUUCUUUCAUUUCAUUUCACUUCUUUUUCUACUUCUUUUUUUUUUUUCGUCUUCUUCCUUUGUCUUAUUCUGUUCAAAGGAAUUUAAAAAAGGCUUUCAUUGGUUCUUCAACUAAACUUUGAAAACUCACUUCUUUGUCUCCACUUUUUUUUUGUUGCCUCUUUGCUCCUUUUUAUUUAUUUGUUUCUUAUAUUUAUUAUUUCUAUUCCUACUUAAUUUCUUACAUUCGUUUGUUUCGCAUUUUCAUUCCUCUUUCUUUUUCUUUUUCUUUUCCUUUUUUGUUUCUAUUCUUUCUCUGUUGGCCUAUACUUGUUCUUUUUUGUGUAAGCAUCUCUCUGGUCGCUUCUGGAUUGAUACAUACCUCAAAGGUUUUGUAGUCGUCUUUUCUUACUUUCCCACACAUUUCCCUUGUUUCUUUGCCAAAAAUCUAGGUUUUAUUUUUCCUUUUUUCAUCAGCUCCCUUAUUUUGACUUAUCGUGUAUGUUCAUUCGAAUCUCCGUCAUGGUUCUCUUCUAAACUUUUCCCCGAUUUCUGUUUCAGGAGUGUGCUAUACUCUUACACUUGACGUCUCUUUUGUUAGUUAUUUUCGAACGCAACUACGAUUCUCCAUAAACUCUGUUCUCCUUUAAAACCACGUGGCUUUUUGCAUUCUUAAUAAGUUUCUCGAUAUUUUGUUCAAGAGUUAGUAUUGGUUCAAAAGGGAUACAUUUUCUUUUUUUUUUGUCUAUUCUAAUUCGCUUUGUUUCCUCUUAUUUUCACGGCAUCUUUUUUUUAAUAAACUUCUAGUUUCUUGGUUUCUUUUUUUUUUCGCAAAAUGUCUAAAAUCAAUAUUCGAGCUUUGCUUGAUGCUUUUUCUACUGUUAUCCUGUCUAUCUAUCCGCUUGCUCAAAAGGCGAACCAGCCUUUUCAUUCACACACAUUGCCUUUGAAUCAGUUCUUAUACGAAACCAUUCGUCGUAGUCAUACCGAUUACACCACUCUGAUACUUGCUUUAUACUACUUUAUAAGCUUUCGUGAACGGGCUUUUGUUGAACCCGAAAAGUACAUCCCUUUACUUUGCGGUCGUCGUCUGUUUUUGGUUUGCUUGAUAGCAGCAACCAAAUUUCUACAUGACCGUAGCUUUAGCAACCGCGCCUGGUCUAGACUUUCUCAAUUACCCGUUGAUAAACUGCUUAUCCUUGAGCGCUUAUUUUACCAAGGCAUUGAUUAUCGCCUUCUUGUUGCUAAACAUGUGUUUGCACGCUGGUCUUUAUUGAUUGGUGAAUGUUGCAUGCAAGCAACUUCUUGCUUGUCAAACUCUGCUGACCCUCCUUUGGAUUUUCGCAAGUUUUCGCCUUAUUGGAUAUCUUUGUUUUCCAAUAUUCACUCUUCUUUAAACGAUUUUCUCUCCAUUGCUUAUAUCACAAAGAUUGCCCAGCAAAGGAUGAACAACCGGAUGGCAGCCAUGCAUCGCAUGAAUACGUGCUUUUCUCAACAAGUCCCAACUUCGCCGGAGAGCUCUACCUCCACAAGUCCCUCAUCAACUCCCAUUAUGGACCAGUUCAGUCCAAGUACCAACUUUAUUGCUCCUAACUAUGGCCUACAGACGUCUGCUAUUCAACCUCCUAUCCCUGCUAACUAUCCCACUUGCCCAAGAUGGUUGAGUCGACCGAAUGUAAAUGCGCCCACUCAGUUUGCCAUGCCUGCUCAAACACCUUUUGUCAGACAACCAAAUUUACCACCCACCCCGUCCUCUCCCCAGCCUAUGUCAUACAGACCAGUGCAACCUGAAAGCUUUCUGAUAGAAACUCCCCUUUCGUCAGCUCAACCAAUGGCACCCCUUCCAUUCAACACAUCUCAUGUACAUCCUCUUCCUUCUACGUUUCAUAAUGAUAGAAAUGGCCCUUUUUCUAAAAUAAUGCCAGAGCCUGUGACCGCCCACUCAGCAGUUCCAGUUAAAAAAGUGAGCAUUCCUAUGUUAAUAUCGCAGCAGAAAAGGCCUUUCAACGAUGUCAUUACUAUUUCUCCAAGUGUUCCAUCUGUAAAGCGCAAUCGUCUCGUUUGAUGAAGAAUUGCUUGGUUUGUUACAUGUAUAAGUUUUCAAAAUUCAUACGUCUUCCUUUUUAAUUAUAGAAAACCUUUAAUCUUCUCUCCUUAUUAGGUUAUUUCAUAUACUUUUUACUGAACUCUAUGUCGAAAUACGUUUGUAUAUGUGUAUAUAUUUAUGUGCUUAGACAGCAUAUAACUUGGAAUAGGGACUUUGUUAUUUUCUUUUCUUUUUUCGUUUUUAUCUUUAUUUUUUAGCCAUGUGUUUUUUUCAAAACAAGGACUAUUUUAUGAUUUUAUUACAUUUUCUUUCUUUUUGUUUCCCUUUUCCAUAGUACAAUAGAAGAAUAGUAAGCCUUUAUCAGGUUGCCCAACAUUAACAACUAUCGUCAUUACGAAUGAAACUUACUCAUUUAAGCUGAA